UUCCCUAGGAGCAGCUCGAGCGGAGAGAUUGCACAGGUGAAACAGUGGGAAAGUGAUCAAUAUAGACGGCAUGGAGUGCGGUCGUAGGAGGCUCUGAACGCGGCAUUCGAGUCGGAAAAGCGGAAAAGCGUACGUGUGCGAUCGCGAUGGACUGUGCCAGUGACGAGCUUUCCACACUCCCGGAUCCUCCGGUCGCCUCGGGAUAGCGACAUGCUAGCGCUUCGAGGGAGGUGUGACCGGUUCGAGAUCGACUUCCAAGUGCAAACGAUGGAUUUUUCACGGGGAAUGACAUGAAUUUCGACGACGAUUGCCAGGGACAUUUUAGAUUAAUUUUGCGGUUCUACGAUCGGGAUUUAUUUAAAAUAUGAAAUAAUGUACUGGCCACAAUGGAUCGGCGCGGCAAUAGUUUUCCACGUGUGUUUGAGCGUGUCACUCCCGUCCGACGAUAGCAAUGUCCUGCACAUCGGCGGCAUCUUUCCCAUCAACGGCAAGGGCGGAUGGCAGGGGGGGCAGGCCUGCAUGCCCGCCGCCAACCUCGCCCUGGAGGACGUCAACAGGAGGAAGGACCUCCUGCCCGGAUACUUGCUCAAAUUACACAGCAACGACAGCGAGUGUGAACCCGGCCUGGGCGCCAGCGUCAUGUAUAAUCUGCUUUACAACCAGCCCCAGAAGCUGAUGCUACUUGCCGGCUGCAGCACCGUCUGCACCACCGUGGCCGAGGCCGCCAAAAUGUGGAACCUGAUUGUGCUGUGCUACGGGGCGAGUUCGCCGGCCCUCUCCGACCGAAACCGCUUUCCCACGCUUUUCCGCACCCAUCCGUCGGCCACCGUUCACAACCCGACGCGCAUCAAGCUAAUGAAGAAGUUCGGCUGGUCGAGGGUGGCCAUCCUGCAGCAGGCGGAGGAAGUCUUCAUUUCGACGGUGGAGGAUCUGGAGACUCGUUGCAUGGAGGCCAACAUCGAGAUCGUGACGAGGCAGUCGUUCCUGAGCGACCCCACCGACGCGGUGAGGAACCUGCGGCGGCAGGACGCGAGGGUCAUCGUGGGGCUGUUCUACGUGGUGGCGGCGAGGAGGGUGCUGUGCGAGAUGUACAAGCAGAAGCUGUACGGGAAGUCGUACACCUGGUUCUUUAUCGGCUGGUACGAGGACAACUGGUUCGAGGUGAACCUGGAGGAGGAGGACAUCGAGUGUUCGGUCGACGAGAUGAAGGAGGCCGCCGAAGGCCAUCUCACGACGGAAGCCCUCAUGUGGAAUCAGAACCUUAACGAACGCACCAUCUCUGGAAUGACCUCGGAGGACUUCCGGCUGCGGCUGAAUCAAGUUUUGCGGAAAGAAGGGUACAAGAUCGAUAACCAGCGUUUCCCCGAAGGAUAUCAGGAAGCGCCUCUGGCCUACGAUGCUGUCUGGUCCGUCGCUCUAGCUUUCAACAAGACGAUGGACCGCCUCCACAAGUACGGGAAGAGCCUGAAGGAGUUUAAUUACAACAAUAAGGAAAUCGCCGACGACAUUUAUUCGGCCAUCAACUCCACUCAAUUCUUAGGAAUAUCGGGUUACGUAGCUUUCAGUUCCCAGGGAGAUCGGAUCGCCCUCACCCAGAUCGAGCAAAUAAUAAAUGGUAACUACGUUGUACUGGGCUAUUACGACACUCAAGCGGAUAAUCUCACUUGGUUCGAUAGAGAAGUUUGGCAUGGCGGAAAAGUGCCUCAAGACAGAACAAUCAUCCGACGAGUAUUGCGUACCGUCUCCUUGCCGCUCUUCAUUUGCAUGUGCGUCAUCUCCAGCGUGGGAAUCCUGCUGGCCAUCGCCCUGGUCGUAUUCAACGUGUGGAACAACCACCGAAGAGUAAUCCAGUCUUCGCAUCCCGUAUGCAAUACCAUAAUGCUCUUCGGAAUCGUAGUAUGCUUAACGGCCGUUUUCCUUCUCGGUUUAGAUGGUAGAUUUGUAUCCCCAGGUGCCUAUCCAGCCAUUUGUCAAACAAGGGCGUGGUUGUUAUCCACCGGAUUCACCCUGUCCUUCGGCGCGAUGUUCAGCAAAGUGUGGCGGGUGCAUCGACUAACCACCAAGGCCAAGAGCGACCCGAAGGUCAGAAUGAAAAAGGUGGAGCCGUGGAAGCUCUACUCCAUGGUAUCGGGACUCCUCGUCGUCGACUUCGUGGUGAUGGUGGCCUGGCAGCUGCACGACCCCCUGCAGCGCCGCAUCGAGCAGUUCCCCCUAGAAGACCCCGAGUCGUCCAACGACGACUCCAAGAUCAGACCGGAGCUCGAGCACUGCGAAAGUCACAACAACAACGUCUGGCUGGCCGUCAUCUACGCCUACAAAGGGCUCGUUCUGAUCUUCGGACUGUUCCUCGCCUACGAGACCCGCUCGGUCAAAGUCAAACAAAUCAACGACUCGAGAUACGUAGGAAUGAGCAUAUACAACGUGGUCAUCCUGUGCUUGAUCACCGCCCCCGUCACCAUGGUGAUAGCCAGCCAGCAGGACGCCAGUUUCGCUUUCGUGGCUCUCGCCAUCGUGUUCUGUUGUUUCCUCAGCAUGGCGCUCAUUUUCGUGCCUAAGGUUAUCGAAGUCAUCCGACACCCGAGGGAUAAGGCUGAAAGCAAGUACAACCCGGACGCCGGAAUCUCGAAAGAGGACGAGGAGCGCUACCAGAAGCUGCUGAACGAGAACGAGGACCUGCAGCGGCUCAUCUCUCAGAAGGAGGAGAAGAUAAAGCUGCUGAAAGACAGGCUGGCGGAGAAGGAGGCCGGGAAAGGGGGGCUGACUCCGUCGACGCUCACCCAAGAUACGAAAGACGAGCGCAUUUAGUCUUCGACCGAAGAGAUUGAGGUCGUAGGUAGGUAUAAAUCGGAGGAUUUUACGCAAAAGUAUCGCAUCGAACCCGGUACGACGAGGACGAUCUGGUUCUGACUGUAACAUUCUCCCAGUGUUUAUUUUCGUUAUUGUUGCGACAAUAUGGAGUGUGUGAUACACAGUGUCUGUGUUUUUAAGUCAAUUCAACACGAAUAUUUAGUCAGGGAUUUUUUUGUCGUAGGGAUUUUCGUUUCGUAGGGUUGAUUUGGUGUAUUCGGUUGCCGUUUUCGACAAGAUUGUGAGCUAAGAGUUCUUAGCGUUGUUACCUUAUAGUGAGAAAAUCGCUCAAUGUGUUUAGUGAUAUACGUUUUUAGGGUUUUUGGUUUUCGUCGUCGUCGCGGUCGGUUGGUGGACGUGCGAGCAGUCGCACGCUGCCAACCGUCCUUUUACGUUGGCACUUCUGAAGCUCAUGGCGGCGUUUUCCAAGCGUCCGCUUUUUAUAAGACGGACGGGACGAUCAAUUCUAAAUGUUGUGAUAGCGCUAGUGAUAAGAUGCGGUGCUUGGAAGCGUCGCGUCUGUGUCUACUUCGUAGUCUAAACACGCCCCGGUGUUUACAAGUGGGAUAAUAAUAGUUGAAAUGUUAGACUUUCGUAGUUUAAUGUUAUAACGAGAUGAACAUCGUUUGGAGAAUUUUUUUCUUGUUUGACUAAAGAUAUUCUAAAUUCACGUUUAUACAAUAACGCGGUUGUACUGAUAUUAAACAAUGAAUAUGUGUUACAUUUUCUAUAAGUGUUACCUGGUGUUACGUUUGGUGGUUGCAGCGUUCGCAACAUAUCAGUUCUGUCAAACGAUCACAAAGAACGGAGCGCUGGAACCGCCAAAGCCCCCUUUCGUUUGCGGAGCUCUCAUUUGCAAUAGGAUUGUUAAACUAGUUGUCCCCUAUAUUAAUGUCUAGCAAUAUUAUUACGUGUUAGUUGUUAAAAGCUCUAAAUAUGUUAUUUGCUAUUGAUUUUAUUACACGUUGUUUUUUUCGCGCGGAGAUUCGUUAAAACAACUUCCACUCUUCACACUCUAGGCUAGAUCCACUCUACACAGAUACAAUAAUGUUCACUUUUGAAAGUUGUUUUAAUGACACGUCGGGCGCACCGAAGGUGCGUCGCGGUGCUGGAAGGAGAAUUAAGAGAAAAAAAAAACAUACACAGAGAGAGGACAUGUAAAAACCGGUCGUACCCCAUUACGGCUCAAAAUGAGGUACGACUGAGAUAGCAUAAGUACACUUUAUGUUAGUUUAUGACAAACUGUUUAUUGAUACUAUUAUGUAAGUACAUAAGAUGAAUAAGUAUUGAUAGUACCUAUACAUUGCAGUUUUACUGUCAAAAUAUGUGUUCAAAAACCCAAUCAGCUACCUAA